AUGAACUAUGACGAAGCAGCUGACUUUUGUGAAGACCAUGGCGAAGAAACCCUGCUUCGUUUUUCACCCCACGGCUUUUGGAACGGUCUUGAAAAUCCGUAUGGGGUUUGGAGGUGGUUAGACGGAAGCCCAAUGAACAAGUCUCUGUCAUCAUUUUGGGAGCCUGCUCAAACAACUAAGAAAGGGAAACACAUUAAGGUGACUAAAAGAGGUGAUUGGAUAUCAGUCAAUAACGAGACGUGUGCAGAUAGCGUAUGCAUUAUUAGAGCGGAAGAUGAAGGCGACAGGCGUUGCGCAAAUCCUAUAGCUCCUUCUAACGAGCGGUGUUACAACGAACCAGCUCGCGAUGGGGAAGCAUUUCGUAAGACCGUUUUUGGUUUAUAA